GGCAGGAGACUUGGCUGGAGAUCUGCCAUCCACAUCCCCGACCCCAGCCAGCAAGGCUUCGAGGGGCGGGGUCUUGAGCCCUUUUAUUAGGCCCAUCCACUCUUCUUCCCCUUCAGAAGGCACGAAACGAAACGUGUUUGGACAAGAUGGGUGUCUACCUUGUCCGUGUGUCCACUGGGUCCUCGAUCUACUCGGGCUCCAACAACCAGGUGCAGCUGUGGCUGGUCGGCCAGCAUGGGGAAGCCUCCCUCCUGACGCGCCUGCGGCCGGCGAAGGGCAAGAUCUUCGAGGUGGACGCGAGGGAGUACCUGGGGCUACUACUGUUCUUGAAAAGGUGCAAGCGGCACUUAAAGGAUGACAACUGGUUCUGCAAGUGGAUCGCUGUGCAGGGCCCCGGGGCCAGUGGGGACGAGUUCAGGUUCCCCUAUUACCACUGGGUGGUGGGCGAUUGCAUCCAGAGCCUACACGAGGGCACUGGCGGCACAUUGGUAGAGGACCCUUAAGGCCUAUUCAAGAAAUACAGGGAGGAGGAGCUGAAAGACAGAAAGAGGCUGUACGGAUGGGGCAUCUGGGAGGAAGGAUUAAUCCUGAAUGUGGUCACAACCAAUUUAACCGACCUCCCACUAGAUGAGAGAUUCCUGGAGGACAAGAGAAUUGACUUUGAGACUUCAAUGGCCAAGGGGCUGGCCGAACUAGCUGUCAAAGACUCUUUAAAUGUUCUGGUUAAGUGGAAUGAUCUGGAUGACUUCAACAGGAUUUUCUGGUGUGGCCAGAGCAGGCUGGCUAUUCAGGUGCGGGACUCCUGGAAGGAAGAUGCCUUAUUUGAGUACCAGCUUCUCAAUGGUGCCAACCCCAUGUUGCUAAGGUGCUCUAGUCACCUUCUUGCCCACCUAGUGUUUCCUCCAGGGAUGGAGGAGCUGCAGAAGGAACUCCAGGGAGGCACACUGUUUGAAGCUGACUUCUCCCUGCUGGAUGGGAUCAAGGCUAAUGUCAUUUUAUGUAAACAGCAGUACCUGGCUGCCCCUCUGGUCAUGCUGAAACUGCAUCCUGAUGGGAAAAUCUUGCCCAUGGUCAUCCAGCUCCAAUUGCCAAGUGAGGAAUUGCCCUUACCACCACUUUUCCUACCCACAGAUCCCCUGAUGGCCUGGCUGUUAGCUAAAUGCUGGGUCCGUAGCUCUGACUUCCAACUUCAUGAACUGCAGUCUCAUUUUCUGAGGGCACAUUUGAUGACUGAACUUAUUGCUGUGGCCACCAUGAGAUGCCUUCCAUCAAUACAUCCUAUCUUCAAGCUGAUAAUCCCCCACCUGUGAUAUAGCAUGGAAAUUAAUGUGCAGGCUGGGACUGAGUUGAUCUCUGACAUGGGUGUUUUUGAUCAGCACGGGUGGGGAGGCCAUGUGGAGCUGCUUAGGUAAGCUGGAGCCUUAAUAACCUAUAGAUCAUUAUGUCCUCCUGAUCACCUGGCUGACUGGGGGCUUUUGGGAGUCAAGUCUUCCUUCUAUGCCCAUGAUGCUUUGUAGCUCUAGGAAAUCAUCUCCUGGUAUGUGGAAGGAACUGUGAAUCUUAACUAUAAAACAGACGAGGCAGUGAAACAGGAUCUUGAACUGCAGGCCUGGUGUCAAGAGAUCACUGAAGUUGGCCUUCAAGGGGCCCAGAAUUAAGGGUUUCCCACCUCCUUGGAGUCCCAGGACUAGCUUUGCCACUUUGUCACCAUGUGCAACUUUACCCGCACUGGCUGGCACUCCUCAGUCCACCUGGACCAGCUGGAUUGGUAUGCUUGGGUCCCUAAUGGACCCUGUACCAUGCAGCUGCCCCCACCAACCACCAAGGAUGUGACCAUGGAGACGGUGAUGGCAACCCUGCCUAACUUUCAUCAGGCUUCUCUCCAGAUGUCCCUCACUUGGCAACUGGGCAAACACCAGGAAGUUAUGCUGCCAUUUCUUUUCUGUCCCUGGGUGGCUCUGGGCCAGCACAAGGAGGAGUAUUUUUCCGGCUCUGAGCACAAAGCUGUGCUGAACAACUUCAGGGAGGAUCAGGCCGUCCAGGAUGAGGAGAUCAAGAUCCGCAAUGCAAAGCUGGACAUGCCUUACGAGUACCUGCAACCCAGCAUAGUGGAAAACAGUGUGGCCUUGUGAGCACCUCCGGCCUUUGGUUGUCUCAGCCCCCCUUCCAUCCAACCCACAACCCCAUCCCUUGGUGAUUUUAGUCUUACCCUCCCCAACCGCACCCCUUUCUAUGUCCACCUUCCCUAGAGAGUCACCUUUUCUUUGGCUGUGUCCACAAUGAAUACAUUUUACCCUAGACGAACCACCUAGGGGCCUCAUUUCCCCUUUCUUCCUCCCAUUUUUCCUAUUGCCCUCCUUCCCUCCCUCCCUCAUCACUGGGGUCUCCUGAAGGGCAGAUGAUAAUCACGUUUAUAUAAACUGUUUCAAGAGUGGACUAAGCUAAUGAUACAUACUACUCCAUAUUUCUUAUGAUUUUGAAACUUGUCUGAGUUUAACAACAAUAAAAUAGUGUUUUAGACUUAUGAAAGAAAAGAAAUUAGGUCAAACUAUCCUAAAUCAAACACUGGCAAAAGCAUACAUCAAGUCUUUAAGUAGAUGGGAUUUACUGCAUGUCCUGAAGACAGACAGAGCACAGAGCUAAACACUGACGCAGCAGUUCUCAAGAUUUUUACUUUGUGGCUCACUUAGAAAAUGGUAAAUGGAAGUAAAGUCGUUAAACUGAAAAAGUUGCUUCCAGCUGGAGGUAGUUGAACUUAGGGCUUCAGUAUGAGGGAUCUCCCCAGACCUCCUUCUCCUGGAGAGUUACACCCUCUUUAUUUGUUCCCUGCUGGAUCUUCUCAUUCUGAGGGCAUUUCUCUUCAGUCCCUGAGAGAGAAAAUGUCAAAUCCCAUUGCUUUCUGGAAAUGCAUUUGUUAGAGGUUUAUUAAAAACAGGCUUGUGGGGAGAAAACCAAGACACACAGUCUUGAUGUUCUCUAGCACCUGAAAAUAUACCCCACAAGUUCCAGUCAAGGUACAAAAUGAAAAAUGAGGUUUUCAUGGCUUACACUAUUUUAGGUGAAUAAAUUCAAUUUCUUAGAACAGACUUAUUCUAACAAAUAUAUUUUCUUAUAACACAUGUCAAUAAAUGGAAAUACAGUAAGUUAUUAAGAAUCAAGUAUUGACUCAAAUAUUUAGAAUCAAUAUUGAGGGUUAUAGAACAUAGAAGUUAGUAAUAAACCCUUCUCAGGAUGGCUCAAGAGAAAUUCUUACAAACAUACCUCCAGUACAGAGUUUUGAGAUAAUAAGCAAUAGAAUAAUUAUUCAUCUGGCAAGAAGGAACCUUCAUCCCAACUUUGUUAUUUUUUACAUUUUUAGCAUCUUCAAGGUAAAAUCUGGCAAAUACUCUCUAGAUUUACCUUGAGUAAGGUAAUCCAACAAAACAUAAUCUCUAGCUCAGUACAUAGUUCUUUCAUAAUCUUUAUGUUAAAUGUUUACACUCUUUUCAAGGUUCCUCAUUCAACUGCCCAUUGAAACUGGAGCCUUUGACUUGUUACAAUUUCCAGCUAAAGCUAAUAGAAAGAGUGUGGGAAUUUUUUUUCACCUCACCAGAGGACAUUUUUUCAUUGCUUUGACAGAGAGAGAGAAAGAUGUGAAAGAAACAUGGAUCGGUUGCCUCAUAU